CGCUACGUCAGCAGUGAGAUCGAAACAUGGCGGUGUCCGUCGCGCGGCGCCCGGCUGCCUGCGCUCGAGUCUUCAUUUUAACUUUUGUCACAACCUUCGCCUUUCAACACAGCGUCGCCGACGUGUCCGUAGGUGGCACGGCGACGGAACAAGCUCCUCACCGCCGCUUCGAGUACAAAUACAGCUUCAAAGGACCGCACCUGGCUCAGACGGACGGAGGAAUCCCCUUCUGGAUCCACACUGGAAAUGCGAUUCCCAGUGCAGACCAGGUUCGCAUCACUCCAUCACUCCGGAGUCAGAGGGGCUCAGUGUGGACAAAAAACAAAGUCAACUUUGAGCACUGGGAGGCGGAGGUGACCUUCCGAGUGUCUGGCAGAGGCAGGAUGGGAGCGGACGGAUUGGCUGUGUGGUUCACCACUGCACAAGGCCUGGACGGUCCAGUGUACGGUGCUGCCGACCACUGGAAUGGAGUUGGAGUGUUCUUUGACUCUUUUGACAACGAUGGCAAGAAAAAUAACCCUGCUAUACUCAUUGUGGGAAACAAUGGAAACCUUAUUUAUGACCAUCAAAACGACGGCAGCACACAAGCCCUUGGUACUUGUUUACGAGACUUCCGCAACAAACCAUACCCUGUCAGGGCCAAAAUAACAUACUACAAGAAGACUCUGACGGUGAUGAUCAACAACGGUUUCACUCCUGACAAAGAGGACUAUGAGUUUUGUGCAAAGGUGGACAACAUGGUUAUUCCCAGGGAAGGUUUCUUUGGUAUUUCUGCUGCCACCGGGGGUUUAGCAGAUGACCACGAUGUUCUGUCCUUUUUGUUAUUCAGCCUCACUGAACCAGGCCAGCAACCGCCCCCACCUGAAUCUGAGAUUCCCAAAGAAGAGAAGGACAAGUACCAGGAGGAAUUUCAGAAUUUUCAGCAAGAGCUGGACAAAAAGAAAGAGGAGUUUCAGAAAGAACACCCAGACGUCCAAGGAGAGCCAAUUGAAGACUUGUAUGAGAGUGUGAAUGAUCGGGAGAUCCGUCAGGUGUUUGAAGGCCAGAAUCGCAUCCACCUGGAGAUUAAGCAGCUUCACCGGCAGCUCGCUAUGAUCCUGGAUGAGCAGCGUCGCUAUGUGUCUGUCAUCACAGACGAGGUUUCCAAGAAGGCUACGAAUGUUGGCUCAGGACAGUUGGAUGCUUCCUCCAGUCAGCAGCUGAGCUCUGUCGUAGCCACGCAGCAGGAAGUCCUCAGAAACCUGAAUGAGCUGAAAAACUCCUUCUACGACUCACUGAAACAGAUCAGCUCAAUCCAGCACCAGGGUAACACAGCCGGUAUGGGAACGUACGAGACCAUUCAGCACUUUAACGACAUCAAGGAACAUCUGCACUUAGUCAAAAGGGACAUGGAACACCUGGUCCAGAAGAGCGCCCAGAAUCCUGCUGAGAAGGCGGUGAAGUGCCCUGAACUGCCCCCCAUGCCUUCCUGCUUAUCCACUGUACACUUCGCAGUAUUCAUAGUCGUCCAGUCAGUCCUGUUUUUCUGCUACGUCAUGUACAAAAGUCAACAAGAGGCAGCAGCAAAGAAGUUCUUUUGAUGAAACGGAUCUGUUAAAAAUAUGUAAAUGAGGGAAUUAUAUUGAUUGUAAGUUAUUGUACUUGAAAACUUUGAUUUGUUGAAGAAGUUUGUUUUAAUGAACUGCAGAUUUAAUUUGAUCAGUAAUGAGUUGUGUAUGAAUGCCAGUGAGAAACAGAUCCUGGAUUUUCCAACAUUUUCUGACAUUUCUUACAGUAUUUUUUGGUUCCUGAGAUUAUUCAGUUUUUAUUUUUUUGAAUCAAAAGCUAAACUCUGCCACAGUCCCAUUUAUUGAAACUGAAGACAGAAGAACCUGUGUUUUUGACAUGUGCAAUUUCUUCUUUUUUUUUUUUUUUUUUUAUAAAUGCUGAACUGUGGUGACACCCCAAAGAACAACUGGUCUGGUUUCAUGGAUCUGUUUUUGAAUGAGUCGUGUCGUUCUGAAUGAUUUCCAUAAACAGAAAACCCGAUGUA